AUGUCCACUUCUAGUACAGCCGCAGUCAGGGGUUACUCCCCACAUCCCUCGAACUAUUUUCUUAGCGAAGAGGCUGGUUGUAACUUACCCGCCGUAACAGGCCGAUGUCGCAAGGUGCUUCGGUUCAUCACACAGUUGAAUUACAUUUUAGAAAAGGACUAUGCUCGUAUAUCGUGUAUCAUCGAAGACUUGCUUGCAAAACCAAGAUGGACAUACAACCACGACACUCCCGUACUCUUCGUUGAAAUGCCCUCACCCGUCCAUGAAACUGUACUAAGAGUUAUCAGCUCGGGACUGGAACAGAUGAAUCGCAUUCUCCUGGAUCUUAUUUUCAGAAACUUGUUGAAUUCUGAUUCGCACACGAACUUAAUCAUGAAUGCAGGAGCACUGAAACUCAUUCCUGAUAUCGCUCAUAUGGUAACUACCAUCACCGGUCCCCCCAUGUCAACCGUCCCUGUCAUCGGUGACGUGACCGUAUUGCAGCCCAGGGCUGAUCUACUCCGGAGGCUCAAGGAUACAGUCAAGGCAUUCCCAGAUAUCCUAAUGCUCAUCAUAGCCGUGAUUGAUGAAAGGAUCCCCUACAGUGCACCCGAACACCAGAGCAGGGCAUGGCAGAAUCUACGUACGGAGGCGAGUGUUCGUUCUUGCACUACCUUCCUUUCCAAUCGCUCCGGAUCGCCAUCACUGGACGUACCUAGUGAUGUAGUCGAAGGGCACCCUUGGUGCGCAGUCUCAAACCCAAAUCUCACAGCCCGCGGCGAGUUAUUUCCGGACAAUACAAUGGACGACGUCAUAACCAUGAUCGAAAACGGAUUGUCCUUGGUGAGGGAUCACUACGCACAUUUGUCACAACGUGUUAGCCCGAAUGUUGACAUUACUGCCCGGAUGGCGGCGCAUAUCAGGCUUCCCUUUAAAUGGGAUAGAAUGCUUUGCAAGCUUGCACUCGCAAGUAUGGGGCUAGCCUAUGAUCAGUACUGGAAUUAG